UUCCUUACAUUUAGAGCUUUGUUUUGUUAAGUUUCCUUUUUAAUGUUUCACUUACAACAAAAAGAUUUUCACAAGAUGAGGACAGAAAGGAAAAUACAAACUUUUAAUGCAAAAAGUGCUUUACCUAUUUCUCAAAACCUUGUGAAUAGAUGUGGUAGGAAUUUGAAGAAGGAUCAACUUGGUGGGGUCAUAUUUGGAUGCACAAGGCAUACAAUGAAAGAGUGUCUAUCUAAACAACUCUUUGGUUUACCAGCUCAACACUUUUCAUAUGUGGAGAAUAUUAAUCCAAAGAUGCCUUUAUUUCUUUUCAAUUAUAGUGAUAGAAAGCUUCAUGGAAUUUUUGAGGCUACGAGUCAUGGGAAAAUGUUUAUAGACCCUUAUGCAUGGAUUAAUGAUGAUUAUACCGAUGAAACACAAUAUCCUGCACAGGUAAAAGUUCGUGUACGAGUCCAAUGUCAUCCAAUAUUAGAAGAUAAAUUUGGACCAGUAAUCGGAGAAAAUUACUAUCUUAAUAAUCAUUUUUGGUUUGAACUAGAUCAUAGACAAACAAGCAAGUUAAUGUAUUUAUUUGUAUCUACUGCCAUGGCUACUAAAAAUCCAGUACCACAAUAUAAUACAAAGACGAGAAUUGAAUAUCCAUAUUUUCCACGUGAAACCCUUAAAAAAGAUGGAUUGAACCGACCAUUACGUGUCCGUCCAAUUAGAAAGGAGAUAAAUCAUGAUGAAAAAAGUCGUGUAUAUAAAAAACUAUUAGAAAUGGCUCUUGGAAAGAAAAAGCAAGACCUAUCUUUUAUAGACAAUGUAAGAGAUGCUGCUAAUGAGAGCAAUAUAAAGGGUUAUAGAGAGGAACCAUUGAGUUUAAGAAAGAAGGAUGAGAAUUGCGGUGCUUCGUUGGAUAAUCUCUAUACGAUAGUACAGUCUGCGCAACAAAGGAUUGGAGACCGAAAAGCUUUUAAAAAAACUCAAUCCUCGGAGAAUGGUGAUCUAAAACAACAGCCGGCAAUUCAAGAUGUCAAAGAUGAUUACACAAUGUCUAGAUUUACAAAUGUGGAGAAGACGAAUAUCCAAUUAUUUUUGUCUAAGAAUGCAACCAAAUCUUUUCAACCAUUGAACUUUAUUGGUUUAUACACGACACAAGUACGAUUGAAAGUUAUUAGUACUACAAAUGGAAAUAAAUGCUUUACAAAUGUUGAGAUCUUUCAUUUAGAUUAUGGAACAUGGAUCUCUAUCAAUUCAAACUCAAAUAAGAAGUUUGAUCUUGCUGGAAUGGAACUCAAUGAUUCACUUCAUAUCAAUGGUGGAUAUAAUGGAUUUGACUAUUUGAAGUAUACCAUGGAUGAUUUUGAUGAAUGCACAAGUGUUCCAUAUAUGGAUCUCUUUGAUCCAUGUUUUGAGGCAAGAAUGAAGCUGAUGAAUUAUCUUGAGAAUUUUUCUGAUGCUAAAGAUUUUAAAGAGUCUAAAAGAUUGAGGGAGUCUAAGUUUUUGAAACUUUUUUAG